AUGUCACAGUGUGAUGCUGACGUUAACCACCUGGACAGUGUUGGACGGUGCAAAGCUGCCCUUCUUCCUGGGCACUGGGCAGGGAGAUGGCAACUUACAAAGGGCCCAAGGCCUCCGAGGGAGCUGACUGGGGUGACCAGAAGGCCGCAAAGCCGGCCAAGACUGGCCAGGUGGCUGCAAAGGCAGCCUCAGUCCCUGAAAGCUGGGAACUGGAGUCUGUCCAUUCUGGCAGUGCCUGGGACAGGUCCAGAAGGCUGGGCCAAGUCCCUGGGGCUGUCCCUGGGACCAGAAGGUAUACCUAGAGGGAGACCUGGGUUUCAGUUCCAGGCCGUAAAGUUCAGCACAUCCAAGGAGGAGCUGAAAAUGACUUCUUGGAGUGUUUGA